AUGCACGAUGGAAGGCAAAGAGGCAUGCAAACUGCAGCGCAUAUUGCUGCUUUUUUUGAUGUUGUUAAAAUAGAUGAAAUUGUAGGUGUGGAAAGGAUGGUUGAGAACAGCAUAACACUUGCGAUCAGUUCUGAGAAUGGCAUGUUGCCAGGCAUGUUGUAUAACACCUCUCUUCGCAGGAUGAUUGAUAAUCGAUUGCGAGAUAGGCAGAAGUGCUUGAUCGCCACAUAUCUUAGCGCAAUUUUGUUGGUAGAUCAAUUUGCAAGCGUCAUUGUUCCUAUGGCAAUUGGUAGUGCAAUUUUAGUCUUUGCUGGCGCAGCUGUCACAUGA